AUGCUCCGCAGCUGGGUGCGACACUCUGACCCGGCGGGCCUGCUGGCGCGGACUGCGCCGGCGCUGGCGGAUUCGCCGCGGCUGCUGAUUGUGUGGCAUUCCAGGACCGGCAUGGCACGGCAGAUGGCGGAGGCGCUGUACGCCGGCGCUCGAAGCGCUGCCUGCACCAUGGAGGUUGAGCACUUCGACGUGGACCUGCGCCGCGCCAGAGACGCCCAGGUAGAUGACCUGCUGUCAGCGCAGGGCUUCCUGUUCUGCGCUCCAGAGAACCUUGCCACAAUGUCGGGAGAGAUGAAGGAGUUUUUCGACCGGACCUACUACGCGGCGCUGGGCCGCCUCAACGGGCGGCCCUAUGCCUUGGCGGUGGCCGCCGGCUCGGAUGGCCAGGGCGCUGCAGGGCAGAUGGCCAGGAUCUGCCAGGGCUGGCGCCUCAAGGCCAUGGCAGAGCCCCUGGUCCUGCGCAACGGCGCCCAAAGUGCCGCUGACAUCGCGGCGGCCAAGACCUUGGACACAGAAGGCGUUGAGAAGUGCCGAGAUUUGGGGGCGCUGCUGGCAGCACAGCUCCUCUUGGACACCUGA